CAAAAUAGAAGUGAAACAAAACGAUUCCCCUGUAUUGGAAUUAGGGCGUAUAAAUACGAGGACGGAUUUCCUCGGCCCUUCAGUAUUGUCCCGCCUAGAAGAGGUCAGCAUGAUCAGGAUUGCGUUGAUCGCAGUGUUCAUCGGUGCCGUUGCCGCUCAGUUCCCAAACGGAAGGAGACUUGAACCACCAGUGCCAGCACUUUGUGCACAAAGAAAAGUUCAUGAAACACAUGAUGGAAAGGGAUAUUUCUUUUCGUGGAAGGACCCUGCCACUGCUGGCCAGGAAGAGGAUUGGCUUGGUGUAAGAAAUUGGUGCAGGCAACGUUGUAUGGACUCUGUGUCGCUCCAGACAUCUUCUGAGAAUGAAUACAUUAAGGAUCACCUAAGACAAGAUAAAAUCAAAUAUAUCUGGACGUCUGGUAGAGUCUGUGACUUCAAGGGUUGUGACAGAGAAGACUUACAGCCGAACCGCGUGAACGGAUGGUUCUGGACUUCCGAUUUGCAGAAGCUCCCUCCCACCACUGACAGAUCUCAGAAUGACUGGAGUGAAUCCGGCGGUUUAAAGAAACCUCAGCCUGAUAACAGGGAGGAACUCCAGAACGGAGCGCCUGAAAACUGUUUGGCCCUCCUCAACAAUUUCUACGGUGAUGGAACUCAUUGGCAUGAUGUUGCCUGUCAUCACAGGAAACCCUUCGUUUGUGAGGACAGUGAAGCCCUCCUGAAAUACGUUCAAUACCAUAAUCCCAAUCUCCAGUUGUAAUAUAUAUUUUAUAUUGGAAUGAUUAUUAAUAAUAAAUAAAAUUAAAUAUACAAAUUUAUACAG